AUGGCACAAGGGGUUGGUGAAGAUGGCGACGAGGUUUGGGAAGUUGGGUUGUUUGAUGCUCAUUGCCACCCUACUGACAUCAUGGCUUCUAUCAAGGACAUUGCAUCCAUGAAGGCCAGAGUACUCACCGUCAUGUCCACCAGAGCUCAAGACCAAAUCUUGGUCGAAAACACCGCAUCUCAAUACCCAGCAGAGUCAGACACCGAUUUCUCCAUUGCCAGAGGCCCCUUGGUCGUACCAGCUUUCGGGUGGCAUCCCUGGAUGUCACACCAGCUGAUCGACGACCGCCGCUAUAAUGACCAGGUAGAUUCAGCUCAGCACUAUCAGUCAGUCCUAUCACCCGUGCCUGAAGACAUGGAGUUAAUUCGAGCACUACCGCCACCAAUACCACUCGGACACUAUUUGAAUGAAACGAGAGCUAGGCUCGACAAGUUCCCUCUUGCAUUAGUGGGGGAGGUGGGUUUGGAUCGGGCAUUCCGCCUACCAGAAGCUGCUGAGACUGAAUCCUCGUGUCAAGGUGCAAGGCAGGAGACUAACGGGUGUGGAAUGCAUCAUACUGCCGGUGCUCGCGAAGGCCGCCCCCUAAGCCCUUAUCGUGUCAGCAUGGAACAUCAAAAGACAAUCCUCCUAGCCCAGCUCGAACUUGCCGCAGAGAUGAAGCGACCAGUCUCUCUCCAUAGCGUCCAAACACACGGUGUCGUCUUCGAGCUGCUGCAAAGCAUGUGGAAGGGGCAUGAAAAGCCCUCAAAGUCCGCGAUGCGGAAACAGCAACAGCAGCACGAUUUUCAUGAAUUCAACAGUGCCAGACCUCUCCCAUACCCUCCGAGGAUCUGUAUGCACUCGUAUUCUGGGCCUCCAGACGCUGUAAAGCAAUUUAUCAACCCCAAAGUCCCCACCGAGGUCUACUUCUCCUUUUCCAUUGCAAUCAAUUUCUCCAAUCCAUCCUCUGAAAGGGUCACCAAUGUCAUAAGGUUAGUCCCCGAUGAUCGAAUUCUCAUAGAGAGCGACCUUCACUGCGCUGGAGAGACAAUGGACAGGCUGCUUUAUGAUAUUGUCGUCAAGAUCUGCGAGAUCAGAGGCUGGCCUAUGAAGGACGGAGCAGAACAAUUGAAAAAGAACUGGCUGAGAUUUGUUUUGGGUUGA